AUGGCGACAUUUGGCCCCAACCAGGGCCCUGGAGCCCAGGAGUCAAUUUCUGACGCAGAUUAUCUAGUGUCAGAAUUGUACCUUCCCACCAACCAGCGAAACCCCACCAGGAUCAACGAGAUCCAAGCCCGUCUUCAACAGCUUCAGAAAGGUGACCAUGCCUGGGCUGUUGCUGACUCACUCCUCCAAAAAGAUGGCUCUCCCCAUCAUCGCUUCAUCGGUGCGCUCACCUUUACGGUGAAGAUUAAUGUUUCAUGGAGUGACAUUACAGAAGAUAUGGCCGUUCAAGUCAUGCAUCACCUGGUUAAUCAUUUUGUCACCCGGGUCAACCGGGGUGAGCAGGCAAUGGUGACGAGAAAGCUAGCUUCGAGCCUGGUAACUAUCUUUCGGCAUCCAGCAUCCCUAUGGAAACGGGCUUUGUGGCAGGUUGCAGCAAGCCUUGUCCAUGGGGGAUAUGUAUCGGAGGAAGAGUGUCAGACAGUGGAUUUCUUCAAUGGUGUCCUGCCAGCCAUGGCAAAAGAGCAGGCUGUUGCACUAGUAUUCUUUUCAGUGGCUCUCGCUGAGGAGACUUUGCGCUUAGAUGCUGAACCUCAAGACUUGGCGGUUGACGGGUCUGUCAUCCAACGGGCUGUCCUCAAUACCAAGGAUGGGCUCCUCCUGGUUCAAUAUAUACUGCAGCAGCUUGUUCAUCAGGUCAAUGUUGCCGAUGAUAAUGCGGUUGACCUGACCCUUGGUUCUGAGGCCAUGGGGGCUUGGAAGACAUGGCUCGGUGUUUAUGGAAAUUUCCAACGUUCUACUGAUACAGACAAAACUCAUAAUCUAGCAAUCGUCUGUGGUCAAAAUAUCAUCGAAGCGCUCAGAGUACCUAGCCUCAGUGAGAGCGCAGCAUCCAUCCUGACAUCAGCUUUUGAGAGUCGUUCUUGGGCUUUUGACGGCAACUCAUUAUGGAUGCUCUCUGAUAUCCUGGCCCAUUCUGCUGUGACCAUGCACAUCGUGUCGGUAAAGAAUGGGGAUGAAAUCUCCGAGAACAUGGCAUUUGUGGACCUCAUGGUGGCAUAUGUCUCUUCACUACAAAUGGAGCUUUUCAGUGACCCAAUGACAUCCCAGAACGUCGAGAUCCUCACACUUGUGCAUGACAUUUUCCAAACUCCGGGCUAUGCGGCAAUUGAUGAUCUCGCAACACCGCGGGUUCUGGAGUAUUGGAACGAUAUCGCAGAGUGUCUCCCAGAUCAGCUGGAGACAGAUAACCCCAGGUAUCAAGUGGUGAAAGGCCACUUGGCCCAGGUUGUCCUUGGAGUGUUUAACAAACUGCUAUAUCCCGCUGUCACAGAUCUCGAGGGAUGGACCGAUGAAGAGCGGGGUGAAUUCAACGCUUUCCGUUACGAGGCUUGUGACUACCUACUCUCAGCCUAUCCAGUCCUUGGUGUUGAGCUCGUGGGUGUCUUCCAAGAAAGCGCAACAACCAACCUACGAAACCGGGAUUGGCGCAGUUUCGAGGCAGCCAUGUUCUGCAUUGCUCAGCUUUCUGAAGCAGUUGAUGAAAAUGGGCACGCUGAUCAGUGUCUAGAUGCCAUCUUUGGCAGUGAUACCUUUACCCAACUCUGUGCAGGUGAAGAGACGGGUCUACCACUCAAGGCUCGCCAGACCUUGGUAGAUGCAUUCGGCAAAUACGAGUCGUACUUUGAACGCCACCAUUCACUUCUGCCGGGAGUUCUGAAUAUCCUAUUUGAUUCUCUCAACUUUGAGUCGUGUGCUCAGGCAGCGUCACGCUCUAUUCUCACCCUGUCCAAGUCGUGCUCCCGCGUCUUAACGGCGGAGCUGCCCGCGUUUCUCGAUCAACUGGAUAGAUUUGAGACUAAGCCGACAGCAACGGUCUUCACGAUGCCCAAGGUCCUGGAAGGAAUUGCCACCAUCAUACAAAAUCUGUCUACCGACCAGGAGAAAGUGCAGACAUUGGAGAGGAUAUUGGGGUUCUUUGUCCAGGAAGCCAGCACGGCACGCGACGAAGCGGCAGGAUCUGGGUAUGAAUUUGCCCGUGCUCGCGGCCACCUUGUUUUGAGCUGUAUCGCCAGCAUCGGAAAGGGACUUCGGGCAGAUAGUGACGAUGUCAUCAACAUUGAGGAAACGCAGGAUGGAAACCCGUACCGCCCGUCGUUUUGGAACGCUGGACCGGGUGCUGAAACACAACGCCUCAUUAUGGAGUCAAUGCGGCUCCUAAUCGUCGACUUUCCCGUCGAUAAUAACAUCAUUGAUGCAGCUUGCGACAUCUUAAAGGCCGGAUACACCGAGUCAUCUGGGCUGUUUGUUUUCCCGCCGUCCUUGACCGUGGAUUUCAUCAAAAGCUUCCCGCUCGGAAUCUCAGGCACAGAUGUCAUCAUGGCCACUGCUUCCUCGUUUCUGGCCUCGCACGCUUCCCACGCGCUGCAAAUCCGGAACGAGGCCGUGGCAUUGAUUGUCCAUGUGGCCCAACUAUUCUCUUCAAUGCUAGAGAACCCGGAUAUGUACGACCCCGAGACUGCCAAUGCCGGUAUCGACUUUUUGGCACGUCUGCUGCCAAAAUACUACUCGAUUCUGUUUUCCCUGACAGAACCACUUUCGGCGCCAGCUUCUGAUUCGGGGUCCCCGCGCCCGCCCAUUCUCGCAGUGUUGCUGAAUUUUACGCUUCAUGCCUUGACUCGGCCUGAACCUCUUCCACUCCGCUCUGCCUCUACGUUCUGGGUGGCUGUGAUGGAUCUCCGGGGCAGCACCGAGGAAGAAACCAUGGCCAUUCAAUCUGUCCUCGAGCAGUUCAUUCCUCCUCUAUGCGGCGCCCUAAUCCAGCAGAUUGCGGGUCGGUGCUCACGCUCUGACCUGCUUUCGCUGAACGAUGUACUUCGGCGUACCAUUUUCAAGAAAAUGGGCUUGGCACGUCCGAGCCUGAACGCUGCGCUCGAGUCCUUGGACAAUCUGUUGCCAAAUGGAAAUGGGCAGCAAGGGUCACCUCUGUCGCCACAUGAUAAAUCACGAUUUCUUGGGUCUCUUGUUGUGGCCCGAGGAGCUAAACAACAGUCGCUCGACCUUGUGCGCUCCUUCUGGCUGAAAUGUCGUGGUAUGACCUUUGAUUAUGCCCAAUAA